CGUAAUAUUCGUGAAAAAAGUUCUUCCGUUGAGUGUCUGAUAAUAUAGUUCCAUGAGAGUGCUGAGAAAUUGAUGAACCGUUGCAUGACAGUGACAGUGAAAUCCGUGAUACUUGCGGAUCUGUUGAUAUUGAAACUGUUGAUGAAUCUUAGUGGUUUGCUAGGAUGAGGAUAGGACGGUCGUGUUGGGUGCUGCUGACAGUUUUGUUACUGUCCCCGAUCCACGCCGAGAAGGACGACAGUGCCGAUCUCGACGAUGGCGAAAAAUCUCAGGAGAAGAUAUCGGCGUCGCUCAAGCUCGUCGACGAGGAGAAUGGCAAAAACAGAACAAACAAAGCAAUGAAGAUACCGGAGAAACGAGAGCAAAUUGGCGAGGUGGUGCCGAGAGCGCGUAGUCGGCCGCAAAAAUUAGCGGCACUAGCAUCCACGAAAAUAUCAAACAGUACGACUUUCUCGCCACUUGAGGUGGUUCGGUCCCUCGCCGGCGGCGGAAGCAGAAGGAACGCCAGCAGAGAAUUAACGCUACCUAUCAACAUGGAUGUAACGAGGAUCAUAUCCGAAGAUACCGACUCCGAGGAGAGCGAGUCGGGCGAGGACGCGACGCUCGAAGCGCUACCCGAGGCCCAAGAACUGCGAUUAGUGAGACCGAACGAGCGACGGCGACCCGUACAAGUCAAACCGUUACGGCCACCACUUCCAAAUCGAAGAAAUGUUUACACAGCAUCAUCGCGGCCGUCUAUCGUGCGGUCCUCUAAGCGACCGAAUGAUUCGAAGAGGAGACCCACGGAAAACGAAUGCACUUUCUUCACGAAGACAGUGUGUCUGGAGGCCAACGAUUAUCCGCACGAGGCGAUAAUAAGAAGUUUAAGGUCUAAUAAGGAAAUGGUAUCGGCUUUGUUGACGGACUACAAAACGCCAGAUGCCGGAAGCAUAGAAGAAAAAUUGCCGAUUGCUCUAGCAUUGGAUACCAAAUAUGAAAAUCGCUAUGAAAACAGAUACGAGAGCAACGAAAUUAAAAGAAGAUCCGACAAUCCCUUUGACAACGUGGAAGAGGGUUUCACCUGCCCGUCAACUGUCAAAUAUGCUCGCCCGCAAUUGGCGAGAGCUGCUUCCGGAGUCUGGAAGUAUAUAAUAAACACAGGCGAACACACCCAAACGAUACGAUUGGAAAAAUGCUCCAAUCCACAUUCGAGCUGCUCGUUUAUCUCCGAGAACUACCGUUCCUCCUGCGUGCAAAUCUACAACUACCACAGGCUGCUGACCUGGGAUCAGAAAUUAGGAUUGCAUAUGGACAUAUUUAAAGUACCAACUUGCUGUAGCUGCCAUGUGCACGGUUACUCCGAGAUCUACCCGCCGCAUCAAAAGGAUCCGCCAGCAAAGCCCAAAGAAACAUUUCCGGGCUCGGAGUUCGCGACAAUCAAUGAUCAAAAGGAUGAUUUCCAGGACCUUAGCAAACUCGGCAGCUUUAAUCAGAUCAGCAAAUAUACUCCCAUCUCCAACUUCGACUCCAGUCUCGUACCCAGCAACAAGAAGCCAAUAUUAGACAUCACUCCGACGACCAGGCCCAGCUUCACUCUUCCUACUAGAACCAGAUUGAAGAAGCCCGCGUCAAUUCUGAGGCCGUUUGACAAAUUACCGCAACAGCACGCGCCCAACACGCGAGCGCCGGGCUACAAAGGGCCGCUGACAAAGGGCAACAGACCCAAUCGGCUUAGCAGACCUCCCUUCAGACGGGAGUCCACCUCCCACGCCGAGGAUUUUAUGGAGACUUCCGCUAAUACCUCGACUAAAAUCCGAUACAGCCAGCCGUACGACCAGGAUGUGGACGCCACGUCGAGGCUGCAGAACAGCGGCUUCGACGAUGAGUACCACGAGCCGCAGCGGAGAAUCAAUUAUAACUAUCAUCCUAUCAUAGACUUCUUUAAACCGGAAGCUGCCAUGCUGCAAUCCGCGGAGCCGCAACUUGCCACCCAGCCGGCACCGGUUCAAAGUGACAAUAGCGCGUGGAAGCCGAUGAUAUCUUAGACCGUAGUGUUCUUCCUUCGGAGUACCUGACAUCCUACUUUAACGAAGAUUCCAAAUCACGCAUUUCGCGAAGUCCGCCUUUCUUAUAUCAAUCUCUAUAAUCGUGAGAGCGUAUUAUUUCUUAGAAAAAUAUCCGAUGUCCCGCGAUGUGAUAUUCAUAGUUCAACCCGUGUCCUUGGAAUUAUUUUAAGCUAAGAAAUUCAAGUAAAAUAAAAUAAGAUUGAAAGUUCAAUUA